AUGGAAGAAAAAGAGAUGGCGGUUGAUGAUGGUGACCUAAUCAUAUUCUACGUGCGACCGCCAGAUGCUGGAGUGUAUCAAUGCCAGAUCGGAUUCGCUGUUAGUGGGCUAGUGAUUUUAGAAGUAUUGGACGAUGAAGAUCCGUAUACAGUGGUGAAACCGCACUCAUCACGAGGUCCCUACUCGUCACCGCCGAAACCGAUAACCUCGGAGCUGGUGGUGUUCAGCUCCUGGUCAGUUUGGAGCGAAUGCAGCCGCUGUGGUGUCGUAGGGCGCCGACGUCGUUACGGUAUCUGUUACGUGGGUUACGGGGAGUUAAACCAAAACAAGAACAAAGACGAAGCGUCGGAUUCUUCCUCAGAAGAUAGCGUGUUAUUGGACGACGUUGGAAUCAAAUUAUUUCAAGCGUUUCCUGGAGGUGUUCCUUGUGGAUCGCAGUUAUUGCCGAAGACCAUAAAGAAAUUGCCUGCAUUAGGUUCACGGAGAAACGAAAUCAUGAUUGCACUUUGUAAGAUACCGUGUAAAAGCCAGGUUUUCGAGCUUCGUUCUAACAAGGGCGAAAUAAUCGAACGUACGAAUAACAGUGAAGGCGUCUACUCUCUACGGCAAAAGGAACCACCCCAACCGCCAACAGUAGUACAAGAUAUAAUAUUCGCAGCAAAGGGGUCAAGAGUCAUAGUCAAGUGUCCAGGGUAA